CGCGCGUUCGCUAGUCUCUCCCGCACCAACCGUUCGACCGAGCCGCGCGCUCCUCCUUGCGGCGCUGGCAAAGGUGGCACGCGCUGGCUCUGGCUCUGGCUCUGGCUGGAGAAAAGAGAGGGGGAGAGGGAUCGGGAGCGAAUUUUCUGCCUCUGCCCCGCGACAGCGACGCGGGCGGGGCCGAGCGGCACAGCGCGGCUCGCUAGCAAGAGAGACUCGGGGGAGAGGAACAGGCCGCGCGAGCACGCCACCGCGCUCCAUUGGCCACGCCGUUGCCAUCACGCCGAUUAAACUACUCGAUCGCCCAGCAAGCUAGCUUGCUUCUCGCAUGCGAUCGGGCUCCCUCCAUUCCUCCACUUCCCCAGCAGGCAAGGCUGGCUGGUUCAGCGAGCUAGGCGGGACUUAUCUCUGGCUGAGGGAGUGAGCCGGCGACCGAGAGGUCUGGCCAUGGAAGGCGAGGAUGACGGGCCAGAGUGGAUGAUGGAGGUGGGCGGGGCCGGAGGAAAGGGGAAAGGUGGCGGCGGGGUGGACAGGAACAAGAAGCGGUUCAGCGAGGAGCAGAUCACGUCGCUGGAGUCCAUGUUCGCGACGCAGACCAAGCUGGAGCCACGGCAGAAGCUGCAGCUGGCGCGGGAGCUCGGGCUACAGCCGCGCCAGGUCGCCAUCUGGUUCCAGAACAAGCGCGCGCGCUGGAAGUCCAAGCAGCUCGAGCGCGAGUACUCGGCGCUCCGCGAAGACUACGACGCCCUCCUCUGCAGCUACGAGUCCCUCAAGAAGGAGAAGCACGCGCUCCACAAGCAGAUGGAGAAUCUGGCUGAUAUGCUGCAGGAGCCGCGAGGGAAGUACGGUGGCAAUGCAGACGCCGGCGCUGGGGACGACGUGCGCUCGGGUGUCGCCGGCACGAAGGAAGAGUUCACGGACGCCGGGGCGGCCCUCUACUCGGCCAAGGGUGGCGGCGGCGGCAAGUUCGCGGACGACGAUGCUGGGGGCCUCUUCCGGCCAUUGCCGCAGCCGACCGCCGGGCUCACAGCAUCGGGGCUGCCAGAGCACCAGUCUUUCCAGCUCCACUCGAGCUGCUGGCCUUCGUCCACGGAGCAGACCUGCAGCAGCUCGCAAUGGUGGGAAUUCGAGUCCUUGAGUGAGUAGUGAUCGAGCUGAUCAGCAGAUCAUUCAACGAUCACGAAUUCACAAUCCACAUGACGACCAGAAGAUUCGGAGCACGCACAUACGAUCGAGUAAGAAUUCGUAAGGAUGAUCAGCCGAGGGUGACGGUGUACAUAGCUUCAUCAGUAAAUCGAGAUCCAGGUCUGCCCAGGCAGUUUCUUCUCCUCCUCAGCAUGCAAAUCCCCCCCCCCCCUUCCCUGUCGUCGGUACCGGAUCAUGUAAUCCAGGAACAUGUAGAGAAAGAUCAAACCUAUAGAGAUGGUCACAUGCGAGCUAGCAAUUUGCCCUGUUAAA